UCUUGCAUUCGCAUCGUCUACAACAUACCCAGAGCAUAACCGAAAAACAAACCAUACGGAGAGUAUAAAAGUGAGAGAAGAGGAAGGGGAAGAGAGAGAGAGAGAGAGAAAUCAGUUGAUCAUCGUCCCAAACAUUACUCUUUUCAUUCUUUCAGGUAUUAUAUGUUGCUUAUCAAAAUUUGCAAGCAAAAGCUGGAGGGAUUAAUUAGUUUGUGAAGUACAGUAGCAGAAAAAUUGAAUUGCCAUGAAUCUCUUUUGCGAGUAUCUCUCUGGUUUGGGACCUUGAGAAAAUGUCUAGUGGAGAGGUCAGAAAAGUCUCAUGUCAAGAUAUACAACUGGUGCAAAAUCUUAUAGAACACUGUAUCCAAUUGUAUAUGAGGCGGAAAGAAGUGGUGAAUACCCUCUUGGUUCAGGCGAAAGUAGAGCCUGUUUUUACAGAACUUGUUUGGCAAAAACUUGAAGAAGAAAAUCAGGAAUUUUUCAAGGCAUAUUACCUGAGAUUGAUUUUGAAAGAACAAGUAAUUGAAUUCAACAAGUUGCUUGCUAGUCAGGAUGAAAUGACGCGUCAUAUGCGCCCAAAUUUAGUUGCUCCUACACGCAUGGUUAAUGGAUCUCAUAUUUUACCAACGCCCCAUAACUCAGCCAUUUAUCCCCCAGAACAAACGGGACCUGCUGUGAAACCAGAAGAUAUGUGCCAGCCAGUUGGUACCAGUUUUCCUAAUGCAUUCUUAAACCAUGGGCCUUCAGUGUACUCGCGCAUGCAAACUGCUUUUGAUAUGCCUGCUCAUGCAAGAGAGAUCAAUGUUUCGCCAAAUAUGCUGUUUGCUCAGAACUCAAAUGUGGGAAUACAAGGAAUGAAUGGUGGGAUGAUCACGUCUGAACUUGGCUAUGCAGGCAACUCCACAUUGAUGUUUGGUGCUGAUAGGAACGUUUUGGAAACACAUCCUGCAAUCGAGGGUGCAACUAUGUCAUCUUUCCGGAGGGUAGAGUCCAAUUCGCAACCCUGGAAUGAAGCAGUCCUGGAUGCUGACAUGUCUUCGUCUCGACUCUUAGGACAGAUUCCUCAAAACUUCAGACUCACAGAUUUGACAGCAGACUUUUCUAGUAGUUCAGAUUUUGGUACAGAUAUAUUAAAAAGUUAUAAUGGGUCACCCUUUCUAGCAACAGAUACAGACUUCCUCCAACCUCAUGGUUGGGGAGAACAGCAAGGUGAGGCUUUUGGGCCACCCUUUCGAGCAACGGAUACAGACUUCCUCCAACCUCGUGGUAGGAGAGAACAGCAAGGUCCAACUUGAACCCUGUUAGGACAGAAGUCUUUGUAUAUAGCUAAAAUUCAAAAUUCAUAGUACUUUACUGGUUGAAGAUAUUGAUUGGUGUGUGCUGAGGCAAUCAUUUGGUUGGAAAUCAGUAUGUGAGCAUUUACGCGUCUAUAAAUUGGAAAACGUAGGUUUGACAUAUUUUCUUACUGUAUUGUACAAACUUUUGGCUCUAUUCCCAAGAAUUAUAGUGCUUAUACUAUUUUGUGAACCCUCAGCUCAUGAAGACUAACUUCUUGCACCAAGUUUUGGCAUCAUACAAAUAUUUUGUGCACAAUCAUAUUGAAAACUUUGCUUUA